AUGGUCUCUCCAUUGGACCCUUUGGCCAGCCAACUGUACUUCCCCGGACCGCGAGCGUCUCUUGAGGCCAGCUUCAUCCCUAUCGCCCAAGGCUCGCCGUCGACCGUGUCUGCCUCAGGCCGAAAGGUUCCAAUGCCCUCGAUCUCGCGCAUCGAUCGCGAUGAGCUGUUGGACUGGCCAAUGGCAUCCGGAGUGGACCCCGUGCUCCCAGCCACGUCCAAACUACCGGCGGAAGACGAGCUCUGCCUCCUCACUCAGUUUCAAGCACACCCUUCAGCAAAGCUUCAGCAACCUCAAGACGCAGGCGUCACCUUAAUUCACCUCACCGUUUCCACCUCCAGCACAUUCACCUGGUGCUUCAAGCGCACACACACACUCCAGCUUCCUUACAGCGAGUCUACAUACUCGCUCGUGCCGCGAAUAACCGCCAACUCACCACCACACAUCUCCGAGUCUCACCAAGAGACUUCACCCACAUCACUUCCAACAACCACUUCUCAACCGACAACAUGGGUUGCACCAAGCUCGGACACAUCCACCAGUGGCCAACUACCGGCACGUUGGUCAUCCAGCGCUGUGAAGUUCGUUGCAACUUCUGCGAGGGCGAGGCGGCCAAGAAGGACUGGAAAUAUGCCUGGUUCCUGCGCCGCCACGUGCGUGCCAUGCACGUCAAGAAGGGCCAGUAUCCUCGCCUCAAGGUCGACAUGGGAUGGCAAGCGCACUAUCAAGAAAGAAGAGUCAUCUGAAAGCGAGGUUGGGGAGCGCCAGUUCAUCGCACAGCCACUGUACGAAGAGCAGCAGAACCAGGGCAUGCUCUACCCAGCGUACAUGAACCCUGGCGAUCUCAAGCUUGAGGAGGGUGCCGAGUUCGACUUCAACGACUUCCAUCCCUUCCCCGCGCUCGCCAACGAAGAGUCGCUCCCCGCUGGAGACGUUUUAUACAACGCGGUCAACUUCCAUGACUUUCUCGACGACGCUACUGGCGGCCACGGCAUGAUUCCCGAGGGCACUCGUCACGGCAGCAUCGAGCUGGAUGUUGACGGCUUGCCUCUCGUCGGCGACUACGAGCUUCCAGGUGGUCCCACACCAUCUCCUCUCACAGCCUACGACAAGUUUGCCGAGAUGCCAUGGGUUGAUCAACAUGUUGAGGUCAACCCGUUCUUCAUGUCCGACUUCAGCUGGCGUUCAGAGGGCACUCCACUUUCUGACCAGCCACUCGCCAAGAUCCGCGAGCGUGGUAUCUACGCCGAGAAUCACACUCGUCAGCAAAUCCUCGGUUCACUCUGCAUGGCCGGCGACGAAAUCACCGCCAAUGGCGUCGACAUCCACCAACUCAUCGACUGCGUCGGCGAGUAUGCACGCCUCCUUGCCAAGGUGGCUGAGACGGACGUCAAGCCGGCCUUCGACUCUUACGGCUAUGCACUCAGCCCCGACCCGUCCACCUUGCUUUGA